CAGUUUGAAUUUCGCGGGCCGGAUGUGAUGUAAAAUUGAAUUUAUUUCAUUCCUUUUGGUAAAUUUCUUGUUCAAAGCAAAAUCGUCUCUUUGUAAAGAGCGCCUAAAGUCCGUCAGAGUGACGUUAAGGUUUCUGAUUGGUCGAAAUAUGUUUUCGCCAUAAAAUUGGCGGCCAUCUUUGCUUGACGUGACACAAUGCGCAGUUCACGUUUUGUCGUCGUUCUGUCGAGUCUCUGAAAAUUUCAAACAUGGCCGCAAAAUGUUCGAGCUUGUGAAUAUAGUGCAAGAACUCACUUGUAACCUUAACCCUUUUUAAUUGAAUAUUGUGAUAGUAUAACUUUAUUUAGUAAUUUUACGGAAAAAACGAAGAAAACUGUGAAUUUUUACGUGAUUUCGGUUAAGAAUUAGUUACUUAAUUUCAUUGUCCGUAGCGAGAGAUCAAAAUGGCGAGGGUUUGUGGUGCGAUUUAAAGAGUGAUCAUUAAAACUUUAUUUUUUAUUUUAUUAUACGAUAUUUUUAAGUAAUUUUAACGGAUUUUAAUUGAGGGAUGAUUAUUCUUUCUAUGAUUUAGUAUUUUACUAAAAUUGACCCACGUUUAUAUUCGAAAAUUCUUUGAAAUUUCUCUUCACAAUGCCUGAGAGUGGAGAGGAAUCAGAAAAUUCAGGAUCAGAUAGUGGAAGUUCAUCGGAGAGUCAACAGAACUCUGGUUCAGAUAGCGGCUCUGGUUCGUCUAGUUCCGGAUCAGGUUCUGAGAGUGGUGGUGAGAAUGAGAACCAUUCUGAUCUCGAAACGUCUAAAACUAACGACGAAGACAGCCAUCCUGGCCUCCAUUCCAACGCGAGCAGUCCUGGAACGUCUAACAGACGGAAGUCAGAAUCAUCUAAAGAGGAAGAUGAGGAACAUAUUGACCUUCGAAGGUCGGGCAGAACGCGAGACAGGCUGGAAGAGCAGAACAAGCAGAAGAAAACGAGAGACGAAUGGAAAUAUAACGAUGCAAGUUCUUCUUCCGAAUCGGAAGAAGAAAUAGAACGGCCUCCCCCCAGUAAACGGGUGGGUGCUCGGUCCCGUGCACAAAUCCAAAAGAAGAACCCCCCGAGGAGACGAAAACAGUACAGUUCAGACGAAUCCACAGAUGAUUCGGGAGAUGACAAACGGCGCAUCGCGUCCCGAAGAACCAACGCAACCGUCAGCUACAAAGAAGAUAGCGAAGAAAAAACUGACUCAGAAGACCUGUUGGAGGUCGAAGCAGAGCCUGCUGAGCCUGUGCCAGAAGAUAAAUCCGAAACCAUUGAAAAGGUUCUCGGUCAGCGACGGGGCAAGAAAGGAGUUACGGGGAACAUCACGACAGUCUAUUACGUCGAAGAAAACGGUGAUCCUAACGUAGGUGUCGAUCCAAACGAUCUGGAAAACACCGAAGAUCAAUACCUGAUUAAAUGGAAGGAUUGGGCCCAUAUCCACAACACCUGGGAGUCCGAUCAGUCGUUAAGAGAACAAAAAGUCAAAGGCAUGAAGAAACUCGAAAACUACAUUAAGAAAGAAGUCGAAAUUCAACAGUGGAUGAAAUACUCUACCCCCGAAGACGUCGAGUAUUAUGAGUGCCAAAUGGAACUAACCCAGGAACUCCUUAAAAGCCACAACCAAGUUGAAAGGAUUAUUGCAAAGUAUAAUAAACCAGACGAAGGUGUGGACUAUUAUGUGAAAUGGGAGAGUUUACCUUACGCAGAAUCAACUUGGGAAGAUUCCGCAUUAAUUCAAAAGAAAUGGCCUGAAAAAAUCGAAGAAUUUCAAGAAAGAGAGCAGUCAUCGAAAACUCCGACGAAACACUGCAAAGUUCUAAGGAACAGGCCGAAAUUUCACGAGGUUAAAACACAACCCGAGUAUAUGACCGGCAAAGAAAAAACGUUAGUCCUUAGAGAUUAUCAAAUCCAUGGUCUAAAUUGGAUGAUUCAUUCUUGGACAAAAGAAAAUUCCGUCAUAUUAGCUGACGAGAUGGGAUUAGGGAAGACUAUCCAGACAAUUUGCUUCUUAUACUAUCUAUUCAAUACACAUCAUUUACAUGGGCCUUUUUUAUGCGUUAUUCCUUUAUCUACAAUGACGUCCUGGCAAAGAGAAUUUGCACAGUGGGCCCCAGACAUGAACUUCGUUACAUAUCUUGGCGAUGUUCAAUCAAGGGAAAUUAUACGUCAAUACGAAUGGUGCUAUGAGGGAUCAAAAAGGUUGAAAUUUAACGCUAUUUUAACCACUUACGAGAUUGUUCUUAAAGAUAAAGCUUUUUUGGGGAGUAUAAGUUGGGCGAUGUUGCUCGUAGACGAGGCACAUCGAUUGAAAAACGAUGAUUCUCUUUUAUAUAAAGCCCUGAUGGAGUUCGAUACGAAUCACCGUCUUCUUAUAACUGGUACACCAUUACAAAACAGUCUAAAAGAGUUGUGGGCCUUAUUACACUUUAUUAUGCCAAAUAAAUUUGAAAGUUGGGACGAUUUUGAAAAAGAUCACGAGCAUGCUUCAACUAGGGGCUAUUCGAAACUACACAAACAACUAGAACCCUUUAUUUUAAGAAGGGUUAAAAAAGACGUUGAGAAAUCUCUUCCUGCGAAAGUAGAGCAAAUCCUACGCGUUGAAAUGACUUCAAUUCAGAAAGAGUAUUAUAAAUGGAUUUUAACAAAGAACUACAAUGCUUUAAGAAAGGGUGUAAAAGGAUCUUCUAGCACUUUCUUGAACAUAGUUAUUGAACUUAAAAAAUGUUGUAACCAUGCCUUUUUAACCAAACCUGUUGAGAAUGAUUAUCAGGUUCAGCAAGAUAAACUUCAAACUCUUUUACGUGGAUCAGGGAAGUUAGUGUUAUUAGAUAAAUUACUGAUUAGAUUGAAGGAGACUGGCCAUAGAGUCCUAAUCUUCUCUCAGAUGGUCAGAAUGUUAGAUAUAUUAGGAGAAUAUCUCCAACUAAGACAUUUCCCGUUUCAAAGACUAGAUGGUAGUAUCAAAGGAGAUAUUCGACGUCAAGCUCUCGAUCAUUUCAACGCUGACGGUUCUCCGGAUUUUUGCUUCUUGUUAUCCACCAGAGCAGGUGGUCUAGGCAUUAACUUAGCUACCGCAGACACUGUGAUUAUCUUCGAUUCCGAUUGGAAUCCUCAAAAUGAUCUCCAGGCUCAGGCUAGAGCUCAUAGAAUAGGUCAGAAGAAUCAAGUUAACAUAUAUAGGUUAGUUACCGCUAGAAGCGUAGAGGAAGAGAUUGUGGAGCGCGCCAAACAGAAGAUGGUUUUGGAUCACCUGGUUAUUCAAAGGAUGGACACGACAGGAAGGACAGUAUUGGACAAAAAAGGCUCGUCCAAUAACAAUCCGUUUAAUAAAGAAGAUUUGACUGCGAUCUUAAAAUUCGGCGCUGAAGAGCUGUUCAAAGAUGAAGACGUUGAUGAAGAACCUAAUUGUGAUAUUGAUGAAAUUUUACGUCGAGCUGAAACAAGAGAUGAAGCUCCUACAAUGGCAGGGGAUGAACUAUUAUCAGCUUUUAAAGUCGCAAGUUUUGCGGCAUUUGACGAGGAUGCCGAACCAUCUCCGGCGCAUAACGCUAACGAAAAUGAUGAAGAAAGUAAAGACUGGGACGAAAUCAUUCCGGAAAGACUGAGAAAGAAAGUCGAAGAAGAAGAGAAAUCUAAGGAGAUGGAGGAUUUGUAUUUACCUCCACGCAGCAGGAAGACUUUACAACAAAUUAACCAGUCUGAAAGCGAAGGUGAAGGAGGUAAAGGUAGAAAAUCACGGAAGGGGAAAGAGCAGGAUGAAUCGGGAGGUUCUAGUCUGGAAGGUGAAGAAUCUGACGAGGAUCGACCCAAGAAGCGAGGUCGGCCUCCAGCAGGAAACAGAGAGAAAAUCAGGAAUUUCACUGACGCUGAAAUCCGUCGUUUUGUAAAGAGCUACAAGAAAUUUAGCGCUCCCCUUCGACGACUUGAAGCUGUCGCGUGCGAUGCAGAACUACAAGAAAAACCUUUACAAGAGUUACGAAAACUUGGAGAAAUGUUGCACGAAAGAUGCGUGGCAUUUAUGAACGAACAAACUAAGGAAAAUAACGAAAGCAAUAAUAGCGAAGGAGGUAGGAAGAGAAAUAGAGGCCCCUCCUUUAAACUCGGAGGAGUGUCAGUCAAUGCAAAAACGAUGAUGCAGUGCGAAGAGGAACUAGCUCCCCUUGACGAAAUCCUACCAUCUAACGAAGAAGAAAGGAACAGGUGGAUAUUUGACGCUAAAACCAAACCAGCGCAUUUUGAUGUGGAAUGGGGCACAGAAGAAGACACCAAGCUUCUCAGAGGCAUUUAUUUAUAUGGUAUCGGCUCGUGGGAACAAAUCAAGCUAGACCCUUCCUUGAAAAUAGGCGACAAAAUUCUUAUGAACGAAGACAAAAAGCCUCAAGCUAAGCACCUACAAUCCCGAGCAGAAUACCUUCUUAAAAUACUGAAAAAACAGUUGGAUCCUAAUAAAAAAGGAGGAGCAGCCAAACCAAAGAGACAAAGGAAAGUCAAAGAAGUUAAAGAGUCGAAAAUACUAACCAAAGAAAUUAUUGAAAAUGACUUCAGCUCAAACGACGAAUCAACAACACAAAGCAGCCAGGGUGUAAGUAACAACGGGAACAAGAAAUCCAAGAUAAGUCCGCCUAAGAAAGAAACCGAUAAAGAUUCUGAAGAGGUAGUUAAGAAAGAAAAGAAGAAGGACAAGAAGAAAGACAAAAAGAGUGCAGGGCCAAUGCAUUUUACCGCUAACAAUGAACCAAAAGCUAUAAACGUUUUAGGUGACUUAGACCCGGCCAUCUUCAACGAGUGCAAGGAAAAAAUGAGGCCUGUUAAGAAGGCACUUAAGGCUCUAGAUAACCCAGACCAAACAAUGUCAGAGGCUGAACAAGUUCAACAUACCAGGGAAUGUCUUAUACAAAUUGGAGAACAAAUUAGCAGCUGUUUGAAUCAGUAUUCAGAUCCAGAAAAAAUAAAAGAAUGGAGAAGUAAUCUUUGGUAUUUUGUGUCCAAAUUUACGGAAUAUGACGCUAAAAAGUUGUAUCAGUUAUAUAAAAAGGCCAAAGCCAAGGAAAUGAAGAAAAGCGAGAAGAAAGAUAAAUCUGAGAAAGCAGAUAAGCCUGAUAAAGAACAUGAUAACGCCUCAACUAGUAAAGAAAAGUCGAGAAACGACAGUGAGAAAGAACAUCAUCACCACCACCACAAAAGAAAACACGAUACGGAUGAACCAGAAGAAAAAGAGACAAAGAAACAUCAUCGCGACGGAACUGAAAAAAAAGACAGGCGAGACAAACACCUAGAAAAGGAAAGAAAACGGCUGCGCGAAGAAUUGAACAAUGAAGAAGACGAUCACAGAUAUAAUCGACAUAGAAAAAAUAACGCGCCAGCCUUCAGGCAUGGAGCACCCCAUGGGGAUCAUGAUAGAUGGUCCAACAGUGGCCCCGCCAUACCAAGAGAUCGUUUCACAGGCGAUCACAAGAGGAUGUACAACGAUUAUUCGAGAAAUGUGCCCCCCUUUCAUAGAGAAAGAGACUAUCCACCAAGACCUGAUAAGAGGUCCCCAGAGGGCAAAGGUGAUUGGCGGUAUGGAAGGGACAGGAUGAUGCCGCCUAAUACGCAUCCCCGACCGCUGUAUUAUGGGGGGAACUUCCCUGGAGCUCCUCCAAUGUAUCCACAAGAAGGUAGAUUCCUGCCCGGAGACUGGCGGCCUCCGGACCGAGGGGACUAUUAUAGAAGUCGUCAGCAGUAGAAUACUUAAGAAUAAACAGAAAAAAAGAAUAAAAUUGUACAUUUUAAAAUGUACCUAAACACACACUUGUAAACUUUGUAUCAUAAAAUUUAAGUCCCAAUUCUAUAAUUAAUUGGGAAGUAGUGGAGAUGUGCAUCUAGGUUAUUAUUUAUGAUUAAGGUUUAUAUUUGUAUAGUUUCUCCACCACUUUCCAACACGGUAUUGCAUUUCUUCUGUGUAUUUCCCUCCUUGUUUCAAAUUUCUGAAAUUUUAUGAUACAGGCUUAUACCUAUAUUGGUAUAUCCCUAUAGUUAUGUAAAAAUUACCUCUUAUCUGUACAUAUAGAUAAAAGAUAUGUUUUGAUAAAGUUGUUUGUUUUAUUUUUGUUUAAAAAAAUAUAAUUUGACAGUAAA